AUGUCGACAACACACAUAGUGAGCCUGCUACAAUGGCGACGGGAACAGACCCGGCAAAGAUACAUCGACCUCUUCACUGAGCAUGUCGACAACACACAUAGUGAGCCUGCUACCAAAUGGCAUUCAACAUAUUCGAUUCUUUCCUACCUCCCUACCAAACCAACGAAUCGACGAGAUGGAACGGAGGAUGGAUUCUUGAUGGCAAGAGCAUGGGAGACACAGGGCAAAUCUACAGUGAAGCUCCCAGGCCAGGCUGCCAACAGGUGUUGGAGGAUGACACAUGCAUGCGUUGGAUUUUCUUCAGUUCUACCGAUGGACUUGAUGGCAAGAGCAUGGGAGACGCAGGGCAAAUCUACAGUGAAGCUCCCAGGCCGGGCUGCCGUAGGUGUUGAGGCGAAAAGUGGAGGACUAUGGCAAGAGACUGGGCGGAGAAGAACUCGGAGAAUCUUGCUGGUACGCAGGCAGAUGUGGCUAUAUCUCCGGGAUCUCUGGAGGCUGGGUGGGUCACCCUGCGGCCCGGCAUCCACUAACCUGGAAAUCUUCUCCGGUCGGGCCUCAGGCUUGGUGUUUGGAGACACAGGGCAGCGUGGGCGUGCAUCUCGGUCCCAGCCUGGGGGCCUGGCUUUGAGAGGGGGGUAG